AUGUCUUCAAAAAACAAAAAAAAAUGGAAUUGCAUUACUUCCAAUGGAACAGCAGGCUGUGGUUGCAGCAAGCCCAAAUUAUCAGAAAUUAUUCAGCCCAAACCCAAGCCCAGGCCCAAACCCGAGCCCAAUUAUCACUCAUCUUCAACCGCUAAUUCAGAUUCACCAUCUCCGACGAUUUUGCCGGCGAAGAUCGUCGGAAGUGUGGCCGUAGUAAAGGAUUCCGAUGAUCCGUUUGGGGAUUUCCGGCAAUCGAUGUUGCAGAUGAUAACGGAGAAGGAGAUUUACUCGUACGAUGAUUUGAAUGAGCUUUUGAAUUGUUUUUUACAGCUGAAUUCGCCUUCUCAUCAUGAUAUUAUUGUUCAAGCUUUCAUGGAGAUCUGGAAUAAUGGGAAAAAUUGUUUCCAAAGAGGAUCCUAA